AUGUCCGGCAACGGCGCCGCCGUUCGCUUCCUGCUGGACCGAGACAUCUCAAGCCUCGAGGCCCGGGAUCACGACGGCAGAACCGCGCUCCACCUCGCCUCCGGCCACCGCCUGGGCAGCGACGAGACCCUCCGCGCCCUUGUGGAAUCCGGCGCGAACAUCGAAGCCAGAACUUUCCUUGGAGAGACCCCCCUCCACAAGGCGUGCAAGGCUCUGAGGGUGUCGGCGGUGGAGCAGCUCUUGCGGUUCGGGGCUAACGACGCCGCCGUGGAUGCCGAGGGGCGAACCCCGGCCGCGAUGACGGCACGCCUGCUCCAGUCGCAGCGUCCCGGGAUGUUCCGGGACAUGCUGCAGAAUAUCCUGACGCUGCUUAAGGCCGCGCCGGGGGACAGGGUCUGGCGUCGGCGGGGCUGGCUGCUGAUGCUUCGCCGACUCGGCAGUGGCACGGCGACGGAGCCGUGGUCGUGCCACGAAAAAGGCGUGGUUGCUGGCGCUCGCGCAACUCCUGCCGGCUCCCGGGCGAUUCCUGGGCUAAUCGGGGCGGAGAAGGAGGCAUACGAGCACACGGCGCGGCCCCGGAAGUUUGGGAAAGCAGGGGAUACCGCCGUUGCGCGAGCAACGCGAAAGGCGGCUGGCGAGAAGAGGGAGCACCAACACCCCUGGUGCUAUCAGAGUACUACCGAGGCAGCCGGUGUUUGGAGUGGAGUCGACAGCGCGGCGGCAGAGUUCGGCAGGGAUGAAGCAGGAGGGGACCGAGAACUGCGGUCUGUGGUGGAGAGAGCGGUCGACGUGGACGAAGACGGAGUGUUCAGGAACAUCAUCGGGAAGCUUCAUUGAUACACGAUGGGGACCGAAGAAGCCUGGAGCAUCAGACGCCUCCUCGACGCAACAUCAUCGCGCAUCAUGGAGGUGCUGUGAUGUAAACCCGAGAUUAUUGGGUGUAUCCCUGGCAGUGGCCGCUGCUGUGUGGAACAGUGUGCAGGGGCGCCAUGCCAUGAUUGUGGAGAACGUUCACGGAAGCAUUGGGCAGGAGGUGAUUGCGGCGUCUUUGGCGUCGAACCAGAUAGUAUCUCAUCUACUCCGGGCGUCUUGGGCGUGUUUCGUUCAAUAGUGAAGGACUAGUGAUAUAAAAAGUAUGUUUGAGGGUUGUCCUGAGUGAGGUGGGGGAUUGACGUGAUGCUCCCUACCGUGAGCACCACUCAAGGUGCGGUGUUAGCAUCAUGUUGGGAUUGUGGUUGUGCGAAAAAAAAAAAUGAUCGAGUUUCGGCGAGGUUUUCCGGUAAGCGCAGCGCGUUGCCGCAGGAUCGGGCGGCAAGGCAGCAUCGCCACGGAAAGCUAGGCCACUCUCGCUCACGAUCUGUUCAGUGUCCCGCACAAAACUAUCCUGUUGGCAGGCAGGCACAUCGCACACAAACACGGUAUCGGAAAUCACGGGUAGGUUUUCUGCCACGAGGUGUGUACCGCGUGCGAGAACAUCUGGUAUCAGAAACUAGCAACUGCUGCUGUGUUGCUUGACGGUUGGGUAGAUGUACUGCCAUUACGGGGAAGCUUUCCGGGAAGCUACACGCGCACCCCAUCAGCGAUGUGUGUGUAGUGAUUACGGCGAGGGAGCCCCGGCUAUUUCUGUUUGACGGAGAAAUAUCAAAGUAGGUCUUCGGGGGGGAUGUUUUUCUAUUGGUUUGGUACGGUACAGCACUCUUCAUAAGGACGGAGAUAAAAAGGGCGAAAGCCCUGGUUGUUAACAUUGUUCUGUUCACGCGCAAAGUUAGAGGUAGGUAGGUACAUCGUACCGUGGGUAUAGAGAGGACGGUGGUUGAACGGAGGCACUAGGGACGCGAAGUGGGGAAGGAAAAGGUAGGAGGGAGGGGGUUUCCAAAACCACACGUUACGUUCGAGACCAUUUACUUCUUCCUCACUGCGCAAAACCGAGCUCAGUUGUAGCUCUUGCAGAUUCGUGAGGAAUUGGGUGCUGGCGCACAGCGUGUCGUAACGCGCUCUAAAUUUGUGGGAGGCUCGGGUCGUAAUUUUCUCUGUUGAACUUCAACAGCCAGCCACUGCGUACACUCGGUUUGUAGGAUCGGGUCGCUCGACGAGCUCCACGCAGCAUGGGCUCCAACUUCUUUUUUUCAAAACAGUCGAUGCGAGUUGUUUUCAAUCAAUCGUAUCACGUGGUUUGAGCGCGUUGUCUGCAUGUGAUUUUGCCGGUCGUGCGUUGUGAAGUGCGUGUUUUCUUGUGGUACUGCGUACGUGAAGCCUGAGUUGUUGAUGUGAGUGAUUAUUGCUGUAGACCGAGGUUGAGCAGCAGCGUUGAUGUUUGGUGAGUCGAUGUUCAUUCGUGAUUGCUUCGGUGUCCCACGAUGAAUCCAGUCAUACGAAGUCAAGGACGUUCUCGAGGGUGUGGACACCACGCGACGAGAGAGAGAGUGAAAAGGUGCCCGCAGUAUUUCAUAUUUAAGGUUUUCCCAUUUUUUCGUUUGUUGUCGUGCUCCCCGGCAUGGCUACGGCCGAUCACUCCAGUAGUGGACAGUGGCGGUGGCGGCAGUAUUUUGAUGUUUUGCUAUUUGGAGGCGAGGUAAGCGGCAUGAUGGGGGCCGAGAAAAUGCCGUGGCCUGCAGAGAGCGUUUCGUUUCGCGCUACUGCUAGGGACUUCAAAGAAUACCUUUGCUGUGUCAAGUAGUUUUUCUGUUGUACCAAGUAUGGCUGAUGAACGUGGUUUGGAUCCAAUCCAGUUGCUCGUGACUUCCACGGGAAGGUGCGUGUGUGUGUCCGGCGAAGAAAACUAUUACGCCGCUUGCAUGCAUACGUUGUUUUGACAUAAUCUUUGUCGGGUGGAGGGUGUCGUCUUCUUGCAAGAACGUCUUUCUUGUGUUGUGUCUUGGUUUGUUCGGUGUUUGCAUUGGUUUGCUUUGGUCGUUCUCCCGUCGGUGUUAUUAUUGCGGAACAGGCCGAUGAAGCGGCAUCUCCCUCAACACGUGCGCGAUUGUUCGGUCGGUAGAAAAUUGUUGUCUAUUUUCCUAGACAUUCACCUACAUAAGUCGUAACGCGAGUGAGUCCAAGAAAGGGCGACGUUGAGGUAGGUUACGGUCGGAGGGUGCGUAAGGCUGGAAAGGAGGAUGACGGGUGGAAUGGAUGGGUGGGCCUCGUUCGGGCUGUCGGUUAAUGGUGUUGUUGAUCUUUUUGAGUGGGAGUGUGGCGGUAGAGGGGAAUGCCGCGUGGAAUGGGUAAGCCUUGUUUGGACUGUCGAUCAAUGAUGUCGCUUUUUUUUGUCGGGAGAAGGGAAUGUCGCAUGGAAUGGGUGGGCCUUGUUCGGCUGUCGGUUGUGACUCUUCUUUUGUCGCUAUAUACCGUAGUUUUUAGUUGACGUUCGAAACUUGUCUCGGAUCUCUACGCUGUUCCUCGCCUGUGCUCAUAUUCCAGGGGCAAUGAAACGGAAGUUCUUGGCCACACGCUGCCGCCCUAAAAUGUGGUACACUAUUUUGUUUAUUCCCAACACUUGGCCAAGAAACACAAGUUUCUUGUAACAACCUUGAACAACGGUUGGGCGAGAAAAAGGCAAGGGUCUAUUGCUUCAAGCAGAGGCGAAUAUG